AUGUUGUGCGUUUGGUGUUAUUUCUUCAUUAGAAAAAUUUCUGGGUUCCUGAUGGAGGGAGACGUGGCCAUUCCAAGAGACAGGAAUGCCAGGAAGUGCAGUAAUUGCAAGUGGCAGAAGUCACCAUCCGGACUUGUGGAAGUGCCGUACAAUGUUUCUGAUGCUUUUUCUGCCCAGAAGAAGGCUGUUAUUCAGAAUGCCUUGCAGACCUUCCAUGAGAAGACCUGCAUUCGUUUUGUGCCUUACGUCAAACAAAAAGACUUCAUCAGAAUUGUGUCUCGUGGCGGGUGCUACUCGUACGUUGGAAGGAAUGGCGGCGGACAAACCGUCUCGCUGAACGUGAACGGCUGUGUUUACAAAGGUGUUGUGCAGCACGAGCUCCUUCACGCCCUCGGCUUUUUCCAUGAGCAGACUAGAAGUGAUCGGGACAAGUACGUCAAGAUCAACUUUGAAAACAUCCGAGCAGGCGUUUCCCGCAACUUUAACAAGUAUGACACUAAUAACCUGAACACAGCGUAUGACUAUGGAUCCGUCAUGCAUUACAGCAGAAAAGCCUUUUCAAAAAAUGGUAAUGACACCAUCACCCCGAUUCCUAACCACGAUGUCAGGAUCGGACAGCGCAGAGAUUUGUCAGAGAUCGACAUUGUGAAGAUCAACAGGCUGUAUGAGUGUGAGGACUCCAGCAAUGUAACCAGCAGUAAUGAAACUCUGAAGGAGCUGAUCAGACGCUUGGAGGUCUCAGAGACCCAAGUGAAGAGCCUGGUCGGCCAAGUGAAGAGCCUGGUCAGCCAAGUGAAGAGUCUAGUUGGCCAAGAUAAAGCUCAGGAAUGAUAUCUGACUGCAAUGGAGGCCAGACUGAGAGCCAGUGAGGACACAGUGGACGCCCAGAGGACCCAGCUGCGGGAACUCCAGACACUCAAUGAAGGGAAUAAAGUGGCCUUUUCACUUUCACUUGAAACAACCACAGACAGGAAUUCUGGACCCUAU